CCUCAGGAAGGAUCUCCUCACAUUUGAAAUUCUGAAAAUGAAAAUCUUUGUGUUCACCAUUGUCAUUGCACUGCUGUGCACAGCUCAGGAAAUCAAAGCAACUGAAUCAGCACAAACUCCUACAGACUGCUGUUUUAAAUUCACCAACAAGCAACUACCUAAAAAAACAAUCGACCAUUUUGAAGAAACAAGCAACAAAUGUCCCGUACCUGGAGUGAUAUUUCACACUAAAAAGGGUCACAAAGUUUGUGCAAGUGCAAAUGAAGAAUGGGUAAAGGAGCACAUUAAAAAAUCCUGCUGAAGAAAUAGUGAGGAGGAAAAGGAAGAAAAGAUACAGGAAACACUGUCGGAAUUUGGAAAUUCAGUGAAAGGUUGUUCAUAAGACUCAGUAUUGUAAGCACCCAAACAAAAAGAACUGUUCUAAGGUGAAUUAACUAACAUUUGGUGUUGAGGGAAUAAAAACCUUCACUGGUACUAACUUCACUUUGAAUGAAGAACUGUUCUUAUUGCACACUUUAAACCUUAAUACGUUGUCUUUAUAAUUGCAUUGCAAUGACAUAUGUCACAGUUAAAACUGAUUUGAAAUAAUAAAGGAACUCAAAUGUACAGGCCUCAUUUAUUUCUUACAUUGGAUUCAUUUAUAUUAGUGAGAAUGCAAAAAAAAAAAAUACUGAAUGUCACCAAGAUGCAAUAUUGCAAAAGCAGAAUAAUGACAGCAUGAUGUGAUCAGAUGGGCCACUUGAAAGACUUUACAUUUCAAUUUGAUGCAUCUCCAAAACCUCAUUACAAACUCCUACUGGAAGUGUUGCAAAUUGUGCAAUAUUGUAAUUUGUAUCUUAAAUUAAAUUUUAAAAUUGUUCUUGAUGUAUGUAAAAUAAUUUUACUGUUUUGCUCUUUGUUUUUCAUUCUCAUUUUAUUGUGUUACUUGUAUUAUUAUUACUACCUGAAAUUUUAUAAUCUUAUGAGUUUUAAUUUGUUAGUGAUUUUUGGUAGUGUUUUUGUUCUGAAUGGAUCCCUUAUUAUAAAAAUCA